AUGGACGCACAAUUUCUAUCAGGCAAAAAGAUCAUUAUUGCAGGCGCAGGCAUUUCAGGCCUGUCUUUCACUCUCGCAAUUCGACAACUCUGGCCUGCCGGUCUGGAGCCUCCACACAUUGUUAUUUAUGAGCGUGAUUCCGAUGCUGUACCUCCCGGGCGAGAAGGAUACAGUUUGUCUCUAGCUGGCUUCGACGAGACCGGUGGCCUCUAUGCAGCUCGCGAUCUCGGAAUAUUGGAUGAGGUCCUCAGCCAUGCCACUCAAGGACUCGGGAAUCAAUUCGUCUUCAAAGUGUGGAACAACUCAUGGAAUGAGCUGUUAAGCAUGAAAUUUAAGCCAGCAGCUGGCCUUCCUACCGCAGGAAUCCGGAUUGCAAGGAAGAAUCUCCGAAAGGUCCUAACCAAUGCUGUUGGAACCGGUCAAAUUAAAUGGAAUACUGCAUGUGUGGAUGCAGAGAAACUUCCAAAUGGGAAGAUGCUGGUUAUGCUCUCAGGAGACCAUAUACCGGCAAACAAGUCAACCACUGAGUGCGACCUCCUCAUCGUUGCCGAUGGAGCUGCCAGCAAAAUUAGAUCAAAACUCCGACCCAAUGACACGCUGCAGUACGCUGGAGUUAUGCAGAAAGGUGGACUAGCAGUUUUCCCAAAUGGCAUACCACAGCCUGUUGAUAAGAACUGGGGAAUGUUAUUGUCAGCGGGCAAGGGAAUGGCCUGCUUCUUGUCACCAUACGAUGAGACAAGCGUGGCAUGGGGCAUGAGUUAUCGUGCACCAACCAUUGAGGAGCCUUUGAAGCUAAGCGGCCUCGAAGAUGCGCAAAAAGUUAUAGAUGAAUGCAAAGAGCUUGGAAAAGAAUUUCCCGAGCCAUUCCAGAGCAUCCUCGACGUUACAGAUCCGAGAGACGUGUCUCGACUAGCUGCUAGAGAUAAGCAACCUUUCAGUCAUGACCUUUCUCUGGGACCAGUCAUCUUGAUCGGAGACAGCAAUCACGCAGUCAGCCCAUUUUCUGGAUAUGGAGCUAGUCUUGCACUCAAAGAUGGCUGGGAUCUCUCAAUGCAACUGUGCAAAGCCAAGUCUCUGGCAGAAGCGGUCAAGGCCUAUGAUGCUAUUAGUGUGCCACGGGCCAACAAGGUGCUGAAAGAAUCACAUCAAAGGAUAGAUAUGGGUCACGCGACUGGUCUGAAUUAUCUGGUCAACAGGAGUCUUCUGGGUAUUGGAGGGUUUGUUUUGGCAGUCAAGGAGGCCAUAAGCUUCUUAUGA